AUGUCGAUCGGCUUCCUCGAAAAUCUCAUAAACCGCGCCAACCUCUUUAUUCCCAAAUCGCUCGACGCCCAAAUCGAAGGCGUGAAGAAGAAUCUUUACACUCAAGAAUGGCUCGACUCGCCCGACACCCUCGAACCCGUCGUCCAAGCUUUCCCUACGAAUGGCGACCGCUUCGCCGCAAACGAACUCUGGAAAAGGCAGCACCCAGAGUACUUUGGUAAGGCGGGUUUCAUGCUCCAAGCCAUUGCCGCGGGGUGGCAUCACAAGAGCCCGGAGCAACUCCAACAGAUCGCCACGACUGUUGGCAAGAACAGGAUCAUGGUCGUGCAUGGAACGAAAGAUCGCAUGCUGACGUUCCCUCUGGGCGUUGUGCUGUGGCGUGGAUUGGAGAAAGGCGAGGGUGUGACGGGUAAGGAGAAUUGGUUGGGUGUUGAAGAGGAAGAUGACGUUUGGCAGGAAGGUGAAAUUGAGAAGCAUUUCAUCAAGGGUCAGGGGCAUGUGUUGCCUGCGGAGAUGAGGCAAGAGUUUAAUGGAUGGAUUGAAGGGCUGGUUGAGAGGGGGAUUAGGCUGAAUCGAGAGAAGGGUUUGUAG